AUGUUCUACAAGAUAAUGAAGAGGAGCGGUCGGAAGAUCGCUAAACCUGAUGUUGAUUUUGGCAUCAAGCGCUCGGGGCGGAGCUCCUGCUUCGUCCCUGCCGCGGACGAUAUCGCAGUCAAUCACGCCUCUCGUAUCGCGACGUCCAAAGGUCUGCAUCGAAGGCAGCCGGAAGCUUCUCCAAUGGCGGAACCACCGACGCCUAUCGAAGACCUACCGUUGAUUCGAGACGCCUCAGGUACGGAGCGCCAGAAUUUAAUUCUCCGGAAGCUAAAGAUCUGUUGCGCACAAUUUGAUUUCUCAGAUUUCGCGAAAACGGCGAAGGAAAAGGAGAUUAAGCGUCAUACCUUGGUCGAUCUCAUCGAUUACAUUCAGUCCGAUUCCGGUAAAAUUUCGGAGGCGAAUCAACAGGAAUUGGUGAAAAUGAUUUCUCUGAACAUUUUCCGGUGCUUACCCCCUGGAUUUCACGAAAACAACUGCCCGGAAUAUCUAGACCUAGAGGAAGAAGAUCCUUAUUUCGAGCCUUUGUGGCCGCAUCUACAGCUUAUCUACGAACUUCUCUUCCGUUACGUCGUCUCCCCCAACACAGAUCCAAAGGUAGCUCGACAUUACAUUGACAGUUCCUUCAUUUCAAAGCUGCUUGAAUUGUUCGAAUCUGAUGAUCCAAGGGAGAGAGAGUAUUUGAAGACGAUUCUUCACAGGAUAUACGGCAAAUUCAUGGCGCAUAGGCCUUUUAUCAGGAAGGCUAUAAACAACAUCAUCUACAAAUUCAUAUACGAAACAAGGAGGCAUAGCGGAAUGGCAGAGCUAUUGGAGAUAUUAGGUAGCAUUGUUAAUGGCUUCGCAUUGCCGAUGAAGGAGGAGCAUCGACUGUUCCUCGUCCGCGCAUUGAUACCUCUGCACAAACCGAAGUCGGCAGUGAUGUAUCAUCCACAGUUGUCUUAUUGUGUUAGGCAGUUUGUCGAAAAGGAUUAUAGAUUAGCAGAAACUGUGAUCAUGGGGCUGUUGAAGCAAUGGCCAGUGACGAAUUCGCAGAAGGAAGUUCUGUUCCUCGGCGAGCUUGAGGAGGUGUUGGAAGGGACACAGGAUGUCGAAUUUCGCGCUUGCGCCGUUCCUCUUUUCAGACGGAUUGCUCGGUGCCUCGACAGCCACCAUUUUCAGGUUGUUGAAAGAGCGCUUUUUAUAUGGAAUAGUGACCGCAUCGCAAACCUAAUUCUCCAAAAUCGAACUAUAAUUCUUCCAAUCAUCUUCGACUCCUUGGAAAGGAACACCGAGUCCCAUUGGAACCAGGCCAUACACGGCCUAUCCGCCAAUGUUCAAAAUUUAUUUAUGGAACAUGAUCCCGACUUGUACCAAAAAUGCCGAGUGCAGCACACCACAAAUGAAAAACGAGAGUUACAAUGGCGAAGAUUAGCAUCAUUUGAAGCUUGAGGAGGAUAAAGAGCUUCGCAUGCACAUCUCGUUUAUAUAUUUUUUCUUACAGCCAAACGCACUGCGAAUGGAAAAUCAAUGGUAUAUAGUUUUCAUUUUAUAUUUGUCUUCAUGUGAAUGUCGAAAUAAUCUACCUUUUAUGAUUAUUUUUUUAUAUAUAUAUACAUAGUUUUAGUUACUAUUGACAAUACAUAAUAUUAUAUAAUUUAGAAAUUAGGUGAUGUGAUAGAGAGAGAAAUGUAUAUUUUAUU